AUGUCUUUUGUUUUUUUAGAAAAUGCCACGGAAGAGGACAAACGGCAGUUAGUUCGGGAAAUUGAGUUGAUGAAGGAAGUCGGAACACACCGUAAUAUUGUGAGCAUGCUCGGCUACUGGAUCCAAUCACAUCCCAUCAUGUUAAUCUUGGAAUAUGUUCCAAACGGAGAUCUUCUUCAGUGGCUCAGAAACAAAAGGCAACAGGUAUCAUUACUUUAUCAGCUGUAUCAAUAAAAAUUUGCUGGCCUCCUUUUUGCCUUUUGUUUAAAAAAUAUCUUCUCUCCAUUCGGAAUAGGGCUGCGCACAGAUAUUAUUCAUAGAACUCAAACUCAGACAAACGAAUUCCUCAAUUUUGUUUGUCUUUUUGUCAUUAAAAUGUCAAGUUUGUCUGACUUUUGACGUGAAAGUAACAAAAAUGGCAGAUUUCAGACAAACAUAGCAAAUUAGUCACUCUGACGUCAUUAGUAUUCUGUGCUGCACUUUAAUUUUCUAAUGAACAUCGUUCUGGGCGUGUAUGUUCUUUUUCUUACAUUGUGUGGUCUCUUAACGCAGAAGGAAAAUCCUCUCCCUCAUCACACGUCUAAAAACCAUCGUCUUCAGUAAAAAUAAUAAGAUGCUAAACAACUUGAAGUGAGAAUUUGUACAUGUUACCUAUAAUUUAAGUUCUCAAAGACAGAGGUGCAAUAACUGAAUGUAGAUAUCAAUGCAACCGGAUAUUCGUAUUUUUCCAAACGCGGUUUAUACAGCCAGACUGUUUAGAUGCUAUUCAUGUAUUCGGAAAACAAAGAUCGAUAAAUACACAAAAAUUUGUAUUCAACGCUGAAUUAAUUAAGCCAAGCUUGCCCUGGUACGAUCAGUUAAGGUUUCCGGGAAACUGGCCACCUAUCCCUCCCCUAAGCCACAUUUUGCCCUGAGUGAGAAGGUAGUGUUAAUGUUGUCUUAGGAGAGGGAAAGGUGGUCAGAAAAGAAAACAAAACGACAUUUUGAACGUUUACCCCUGGGGGUACCCCCGCCCGAUAGGAUGAGGAUCUCCAUCCUUAAAUAUGGUACCGUUAUUCUGUCAAGUAAAAUUCAUGUGCGGUAAUGCCCAACACAUGAGAAACAAAUCAUAGAUCUGUUAAAACUGAACUUUACCCUAGAGCUGAUUAGGAGCGCGAUUCAAGGAAGUUUUUUUCUGUUUCCUUUAAUUCUUAGGUUUUGUUUUUCCCUUAAACUGGGCCUCAUUUUCCAUGUUUGGGUCUUUAAUAUGAUAUUGGUUUUCGCUUGUCUAAACUAUUCGAAAUUUUUUAAAGUACCCCCCUCCCCCCAGGUGGGCAUUAACCUUUUCUGGUCAGAAUGAAUCACGGGAUUACUAAUGGUGGAGCUACUCUAUUGUUUGAACAUGGUAACAGGACAAGAAUAGUUUACUUCAACGAACGCUUUUCAUUCUAGUAAUUUACUUGUUUCUUUUCUCAUUUUCCCAUGUAUUCACCAACAGUUGAGGUCCGCCAUUUGAUAAACCGUCCUUGAUUCGAGCUGACAAAGGGCUUCCACUCAAAAUGCUAGUCAGCUUUUCGAUCCACGGUCUUUCAAUGGUAGCAAGAUGAGUUAUUCAAAUCAGCCGAUAACACCAGAGUUUUGCUUUUCACCCCCCCGACCGAAGCAGUAGAAAAGUUUCUUUUUAAAAGACCCUUCAAAAUGUUUUGGUGGACAUAAUGAUUGUCCGUCCAGAGUUUCAAAACCGCCACCGUCUGCUGAGCGGGAGGCCGUAGGUUCAAACCCCGGCGGGAACAACACCCAGGGUCUUUAAAGAACUGAGGAGAAAGUGCUGCCUUUGUAUAACAACUGCAAACGGUUUGACUUUCUGGUCUUCUCGGAUAAGGACGAUAAACCGUAGGCACCGUUUGACAAGCCCUUGCACAUGUAAUAAAUCUGUGGGACGUUAAAGAACCCACACACCUGCUCUUUGUGAAGAGUAGGGCACGUAGUGGCCGGUGUAGUGGUUUAUCUCACUUUCACACUCAUGUAUGGGGGCAUCAUUACUCAUUCCUUCAUUACUUGUAAAAUGCACCUUAAGCGGUCUGGCAAAGUCCCCCAAACAGUGUUGUAGAUUACACAUUACACGUCCCGAAAGCCCUGUACGAGAUAUGACGUUUAAUCCAUUUGAAUUUUCCGUGGACGCUUUAAAGAAAGCUGGCCCAUAAGGUAUUCCCGGCUAGAUUUUCAGUUUAACGUCGGUUAAGUAAAUAAAUCUUUCAAUUCACAUGGAUUCCUUUUAAAUUGGGGAACAUACUUCGGCUAACCAACUGAUAGUGUUGAAAUUGUUUCUGCUGACAAAACCGUUUCAUGAUCAGACGGAAUUCAUUUCAAUAUUUUUUUGCAGCUUACAAUGAAAAAGAGUCAGCAAAGUGAUGUCGUUGAAAGGCUUAAGCCUCCUGUUCCUGAGAGACCGAAAUUGGUGUCCAGGAACCUGCAAACAAAAGAUGUCCUGGAUGAAAACGUGGAAGAGGAGAACAGGGGAAAAAAGAAUGAAGAAAAGUGGAAAAAGACGGUGGUUAUCAUUGCAGCGAGACAAAGGAAAUUAAAAUCGACCUGGAAGACGGUGAAAGAGGAGUUCUAAUCAACGAUGCGCCUCAAACUGAAAUGGAACCUUCUUGCUCAAACCUGGAAGACGAAGAUGACAAGGAAGAAGACGAAAGUGACGAUGUCAACACGCCAUUUCUACAAAAUGAAGGACAAAAGGGUCGGCUACGUCGGUGAUGGUGUUACCUUCGAUCAAUAUUGCCCAUUUCUCCAAAGAAAAAGAGCUCACUCCUGCUGAGGCUUUAAGAAACGUCGAAGAAAAGAUCACCAUCGAGAAAGAAGGCAGCUGUGAGAGCAAGGAAGAUGAUGAAGAAGACAUUUCUGGGAAAGAAGUCUUAUGUUAUGCGUGGCAGAUUGCUAAAGGGAUGGUAAGAACUUUUUCGACUGAAGAAUGCUUUGAGCAAUUUAGUCAUCGUUUGCAAAUCACAAGAAUCUGCCUCUUCCCCUUAUUAAUACUUUAAUACAAGUUUUCUGUGCCUGCAAGUAUAUACUAUCUGGUCAUGAGACGGCAGAUUUUUCAAGCAUUCAAAUUUCUGCGUUAAUUAUAACAGACCAUGAUAGCGCUAACUACUAUCUUGCUGAAUUUUUCGUGAAACACAACACAUAUAAAAUUGAGCCGUUUGAUUUUAAAAAAGGUCAAAACCGAGUUUUUUAAUUUUCUAUCGCCCGAGAAGCCUAAAAAUCACAAGGAGCCGUUGUGAAGGUACCUAUUGAAAAAUCAGGUCUGGUCGUACUUCGAAAAGGUAUCUAAGGAAUACAGCCAUAUGACCGGAAUAAGGCUAAUCUAUCAGUUAUUUCAUUUGAAUCGUACAAGCCUGACAUACAGGGACAUAGCCAGCUUUUCGACUAGUUGUAGGCCUGGUUGACUCUCAUUUCCACAUAUCCUGAAAAUUGCACGCAUGACCCGUACGCACUGACCUCACCAACACUUUGAGCUCUUAUGUUUUUUUAGCUCGCCCCAACAACGCAUAAUUUAUUACAAGCGGUAGAGUGAUCCAAACAACAAUUUUAAGGCCCGGGCCUACAGGACUAUGGGCUGGCUACGCCCCUGACAUUCACGGCAGAACAGGAAAUAGAAAGCAAAAAGGAGAGGAAAAGAAAAGAAGGAAGUAGAGGAAAGAAAAAGCAAUGGUUAAAUUUGUUCUCGGGGUUGGAUGACUGAGCAGCAAGGACUAGAUAAAUCUUGACCCCCGUAAUCGGGUUCGUGGAAAGCACAAUAAACGGUCUGCAAGUGGAACUGAUGGCUGAAAGGAUUGCUUUUCGUAAACGGCAACUAUGAUGGUAUUUGCUAACUACUGUAAGCUCAAUUGAUAUACCUUGUGGCUUAGCUGUAUAUUUGGCUCUAAAUGAAUAAUGUUCACUAGGUAUGCUGUUUUGGGUGACUUCGAAAUAGAAAUCAGCGUUAUAGUAAGAACCAAUAGGUUUUUUUUUUCUUUUUCGGGCGUGGCAGUCUAAGGAGGACUUUAUUCCACUCACACCAGGUCUCCCUGAAAACAGCAUUUAAUUAAGUGUCAACCGGUGUCAAAAGGCUUUCUUCCGCCGUUGAAAUCUUAACUGAAAACCUUAUUUUUCGGCCAAUAUUCAUCCCUUCGAGUUAUCGAGGGUAAAACUGAAGGGAAACUACUUCGAGUUAAAAAUUACUUCGAGUUAGCCGCCGGGAGUUUCGAGUUAUCGAGGGUUCGAGUUACCGAGGAUAAAUUACACUAAAGGAAAUCCAGCGGAAAUGGAUUCUGGUUCGAGUUAGCACAAGGUUCGAGUUAGCGAGGUUCGAGUUAUCUGGACUCGACUGUAGUUCACUUAGCUUGUUCAACUUUGACGGCUUUUGUGCUGAAAAGUAUAUGUCGCUGGGAUAUUGUAAACCAAUUCCUUAAUUUUUUCCUUCGUUUUCCAACAGCUGUGACAGAAAUCCUCCCUCCAUUCUUCAAGAAUAGGCCGACGAUCACUUCCUCCCGCUUUCCCGACCGUUUUCCAGGCACAGCUUGCAGUAGCCUGUUCCAGGUUCUGGAUAGUAGGGGUGGCACCUGCAAAAAUAAGGCAAAAAAGCGUAAGGCACCGGGCGAAAAAGUGUAAAGCACCGGCAAAAAUAUAAAAGCGUGAUCUAGGAAAAAGGGGCGGUGACGGGCUAUUUUUGAGCCUGGAACAGAUGUUUCAUUGCACUUGGUUGCUUUUCCGUCAAAUCGUUAAAUCGGGAGUUCGUUUACAACGAUAUCCCGAUUAAACUGCUAUCCACCUGCCAUAUCGCAAAAUCGAGCUUCCAUUUUAAUUUCAGAUUGGAAUCUGGUAACUAAAAAUUUUUUGAGAAAUAAUUUCGUUAUUUCUCUGCCAGGAAUACUUGGCCAGCAAAGGAUUCAUUCAUCGUGACCUGGCAGCCCGUAAUAUCCUACUUGGUGAGGACAGAGCGGUGAAGAUCGCUGAUUUUGGUUUGUUACGCCACGCAAAUGAGAGUGAGAUAUACGAAGUUACGAGCGUAAACAAGCUACCAAUGAAAUGGAUGGCACCUGAAGCGUUGGAAAGCGGCAUUUUUACUUUCAAGACUGACGUGUAAGUAUAUGUUAAUGAUCGGCAUGAAGUCAGAGUAAGGCCAAGCUUAGGCUUCCUGUGAUGCAGUGUGACGUUGAGGUUUUAGAUAACAUAGACGCUGCAAUGUACUGUUCAGAACUGUCUGAAAAAAAAAGAGCACCAUUUUGAUCAUCAGACUGUCUAUAGUAGCGCUUAUCACUCUAUCUCUAAAGAUAUCUCUAAGUGUUUGGAAAACAUUAGCCUGUUCCAGGCGUGAAACUUAAGAUAUAUAAAUAGAAACUUUGAGCCGAUGAAGUUAAUCUGGGGCCGUCUUGGAUCCUAAAUUCCACACUCCACAUCCAGCAUUCCAGAUACUGGAUUCCGGAUUCCAGCUCAGUGUAUUCCAGAUUUCAAAAGGCCUAGAUUCCAGAAUUUCAUAGUUAGCAGGAUUCCGGAUUCCUACAACUGGAUUCCGGAUUUUAAAGUCCAUGAUAGUCCGAGAUAAACCAAAUUUAUAUUUCUAUGAACUUUAAUUCUUGCAAUUUCUUUAUCUGCUUCCUUUUAUUGCAGAUGGUCAUUUGGAGUUGUUUUGUGGGAACUAGCCACCAUGGGUAAGCUAGUUUUAUAAAUCUUUGUAUACUGAUGCUGGUAGAAUAAUACUCUAGUCAUUUUCCUAUACCCAAGGGAAUUGAGAGGAAUCCCCAAUGACAGUAGUCAGGGAAAAGGUGACUGUUCAGUUUUCGGAUAGCAGUUACGGGAGAAUCGAGCCGCUUUAUAAAAGAAGCCAUUCUCGCAUAAUGUCGUGAUUGCUAAACAACUAGAAAAAAUAAUAGGCUAACUAGUAGUAUACUAUGUUGGAAGAUAAGCCCCGUUAGUGCGUUCCCUUUGCGUUCCGUGUACGUUCCCUCGAGCAGGAAUGCUGGAUAGAGUGAAGGAUGGCAGCUGUAGUGGUCAAGAGGCGUGCCUUGGAUCGAGAACCAUAAGGAAGGACUUGCCCGUGGGCAGAUCAAACAGCCUGUUGAAAAGCGGAAACAAAAGGGCUUUACAUCUCAUUUUGUAUUCGAAACAGAAAUGAUGCGAUAUAAAGCAAGGUGCGACGGUGCGACGUGGUUUAAAACAUAUGUGAUUGUGUGAUUCGUAAAUAAAUCACACUGCUGAGAGCCAAUCAGAUUGCAGGGAUCACCAGCGAUUUUAAAAUCAAAAAUUAGAAAAGCCUGAUAAUGUUUAAUAAGACAGCAUUAAUCUUUAUUUUUGUUAUUUUAGGGGUACUCCAUACCCUGGGAUAAGCCCUAUGAGGCUAUGCAGUUUACUUAAAGCUGGAUAUCGGAUGGAGAAACCCAACACGUGCAGCGAUAAAAUGUAAGUCAGAAUAGAAAUAAUAAAAGACGCGCGAACAGAGGGUACGAUAAAGAAAUACUUUCAUAGUCCUUCAAACAGUUUUUUUUUCUAAAAUUGUCAGCCUUUUCUAAGGAGUGGAAACUGCAGCGCGCCUCUUUCCUUUACGUUGCUCUAUUUUAAAAAGAGCCUAUAGAACAUAAGUGUCUUCAAUAUUCAAAGUAAACGAAGAUAUAUCUUUAUAUAGUGGCAUUUGAAACUAUGGCUUCCUUUUACAACAGAUACAAAUUGAUGAUGGACUGCUGGAAGGAGGAUCCAAAUGAACGACCCUCAUUCCUUCAACUAGUACCGAUACUGGAGGAGAUGAUGACAGAAGAUACCCCUUACUAUUAUUUCAGACUACUGGAUCAGAACCAGCCAUGUUACCGUGAGGCAUCCGCCACUAACACCAGUAAAGCUAGUACUCUUGAUACGAAGCUCUAA